CUAAAAGAUGAAAGAAGAAGAAGAAGAAGGAAAUGGAUAAACACUUUUCUCCAUCUACCUGUUUCCUACUCCAAAAUUAAUUUCAAUUAGUUGAGAGUUAGAAUAAUCCCCCAAUUUUUCAAAUGUCUCCAUAAAUUCCCAAUUUCUCACUAUUCUUCUCCCAAAAUCUGCCAUGGAAAUCGCUUCUUCCUCCUCCUCUUUAAUCAAAGACCCCAAAUCCACUCAAUCCACCGCCGCCGCCGCCACCCGUUCCCGGAAACGCCGCAACACCUGCAUCGGAAUCUCCAUCGCCAUCCUCCUCCUUCUCAUCAUCAUAAUCAUCAUUCUCGCCUUCACAGUCUUCAAAGCCAAACGCCCAAUCACCACCGUCAAUUCCGUUGCCCUAGCCGAUCUCGACGUGUCGCUAAACCUAGCCGGAGUCUCCGUCGACAUCAACGUCACUCUAAUCGCCGACAUCGCAAUCACGAACCCUAACAAGGUCGGAUUCAGCUACAAGAACAGCACCGCGUUUUUGAAUUACAGAGGGGAAUUGGUCGGAGAAGCGCCGAUUAUGGCUGGAAAGAUCGACGCGGGGGAGAGGAAGGAGAUGAAUAUCACGCUGACGAUUAUGGCAGAUCGAUUACUGAAGACGACGACGGUUUUUACGGAUGCGGUGGCGGGAUCUAUGCCGUUGAAUACGUACACGAGGAUUUCAGGUAAGGUGAAGAUUUUGGGGAUUUUUAAUAUUCAUGUGGUUUCAAGUACGUCUUGUGAUUUCAAUGUGGAUAUAUCGGAGAGGAAAAUUGGAGAUCAACAGUGUAAUUAUCAUACUAAGAUCUGAUUGAUUGAUUGAUACAGCUUCUUCUUGUUUUGUUCUUAGUAAAUUAUGAAAGAGAUUUGUAGGUUGAAUUAGGGAUGUUUUAUAGAGUGUUGUAAUUGAUUGAUUUGGUACUUAGUUACUAUUCUUGUACUAAACUUCCCUCUCUCAAUGGUUGUUAUUUUCUUAAUGUUAAAUUACAAGUUUAAUCCUAAAUGGUGAGCA